CAAGCUACCAGAUGAAUUUUGUAGCAUCCAAUGGUAUAAAGAAUGUGUAUUAUUUUCUUUAUAAGGGUGCCAAGCAGGAGCGGGAACGAGAAGUUGUGUUAGCAGUAUUUAAUUCUACAAGGAUAUUAGAGAACAGGUUCUUUCAGCUAAGCCAGUGAUCACUUGACCUGCUUGGUUUCCAGUAUGGCCAAGCCCCCAAGAAGUAGUGACCUAGUUACAGUGUUACGUGGUUUGGCACGUGUUGGCUCUGCUGCAGUGGAUGUCAGGUCGCAGGAGAUAACUCGUGCAUGGGCCACUUCAUCCCUACGACCUGCUGUCCUGGAAGGGACCACAAGGCUACAGGAAACUUUGACAACUGUGAUCCAGCAGCCCCAUACUUUACAGAGAAAUGCUACAAAAGGUGUUAAUGAAGCUUUGGCUCGCAUGUCCAUGGUUACUGAGGGCUUGAGAGUGUACAACAGCAGCAGCAGUGUACAGCAGCCUGUCACAGAGUUCUCAGAGAAAUUUGAUAGUAUAGAUGAUGCUUUACAUAAUCCCAAAGUUGAAGAACUGAACAUUGAGGAACUUUUGAUGCAAGAAGCUUCAAGUGAACCAGCUCUGGCUUCCCUUGAUUCCACCAUUGAUGAUGGCCUGGGUAGAGUGCAAGAAAAGGCAGGUAAUAUUGUUGAUAAAGCAAGAAGUGUUAGAGAAGAGGUCAGUAAACGAGUUGAAGAAUUUGAACCUCUCCUGAAUAUAGCAAAAGGUGAAGAAAAAGAAAUUACUGAGGAGAAUCUUGAAAUCCUAGAUCAGAAAGUGGCAGAGCUUGAGGUUGGGGGCUUCUCACAUGGACAGUCUUUUGUGGCACAAGAGGAAGCAGCAGAAGCAGAUCUUAACCAGGAAAUUGUCAAAACUGAUGGGGUGAAAAAGUCACCAGAGCACAGUAGUAAGGUCAGUGCCUCAGCCUCCACCAGCCCACAAGAGCUCACCAUUGAAAGCCUCUUGAUGCAUGAAACUAUAGACAGUUCUACUGAUCAGUUACUAUCUGAAAGUCAAAGCUAUUUAUAUAAUGAAGUUGAAGCAACUGCAGAAACUGUUAAGAGAAAUGUCAAUGGAAUGGGAAAUGAAAUUAACCAAAAAGUGAUGGAAUUUGAACCUCUCCUGGACAUAAAUAAUUUUGACAAACAUGAAAUUACGGACGAAGAUCUUCAAGUUAUUGAUGAAAGGUUAUCUGACUUGCAAGAUGUUGCUUUUGGGCAUAACCUUAAAAUAUUCAAAGAAAUAGAGAAUCCCAAACCUGUAGAAGAUGUCAUACAUGAUAUUGUUGAAAGUCAAACUCCUGGCUCAGGAAAAACAACAGAGCCUAAAUUUGAAAUUCAAGAGAAGGACUUGCAUAACAUUAUACAAAGGGAAGACUUCAAGGAACAGUGUGAAAACCCCCCUGAACUUGCAGAGCAUAGUAAGGAUGUUACGAUAGAAUUAGAAAAUUCCAUAUCACAGAUUGCAAAACCUGUUAUUGUAGAUGAUUCCUACACCUCAACACUCAGUGACAUGAAAGUUGAUGUCCAAAUGCAGCCUUCUGUUGAUGUGCCUCAAAUGGAAAAAAAUAUGAACUCAGAAACAGUGUCUGAAGGAACUCCAGUAGAAACAGUUUCUGAAGAAACUCCAAUCUCUUCUGUUACACUUUCAAGUUCUGAUCCCAUCUUGCCUGAGAGAACUGGUGGGGUUGCUGUUGCUCCUGCUGUAUCUUCUACAGUAGCUGCAGGAACUGCUACUACUGCCACUGCUGCUACUGCUGCUGCUGCUACAUCCACAGUAGUUACAGGUGCUGCAGCUGCCACUGCUACUGCUACAGGUACUACUACUACUACUACUACUUUUGUUGCUGCAUCAAAUACAGAGGCUGCACAUGAAAGUGCUACAACUGCUACUGCUGUCGUAUCAUCCUUAGUAUCCUCAAGUGCUGCUGGUGCUGUUGCAUCAUCCUCAGUAGUUUCAGGUGCAGGUGCUACUUCUGCUGAUGAUGAUGUGAGCAAUACCAGAGUCACAAGACUGGAGUCAAAACAUGUGUCAUCAAAGCCUAGGCCAAAACUAUUAGGAAAGAAACCCUUAGCCAAAGAAAAGCCCAAGUCAUCAUUAGCAGAAAAUGCACAGGCACGAAAGGUUCCUCACUCUCGCAUUAGUCGUCUGGUGAGUUUUGGUGGCCUGGCAGCUGGGCUGGGGAUGGGUACAUUGGCAGAGGUGACACGGCGCUCACUGGGACUACGGCAGGGCAAGAAUGGCGGCUCUCUGCUUGACUCCUCACCCUUUCUAACAGAAGCUAAUGCCAAAAGAAUUGUUGACACUCUCUGUAAAGUGAGAGGGGCUGCCUUGAAGCUUGGACAAAUGCUGAGUAUCCAAGACAGUGCUCUCAUCAACCCUCAGCUGCAGAAGAUCUUUGAACGAGUCCGUCAGUCUGCAGAUUUUAUGCCCACCUGGCAGCUGGAGGAAACAAUUAUAAGACAACUAGGGCAUGACUGGCGCUCCAUGGUGGUCACUUUUGAUGAGAAGCCCUUUGCUGCAGCCUCCAUUGGCCAAGUCCACUUGGCUACAUUACAUGAUGGCCGUCCAGUGGCCAUGAAAAUACAGUACCCAGGUGUUGCAGAAGGAAUUGAGAGUGACAUCAACAACCUAGUUUCAUCUUUAAAAGUGGCAAACAUUUUCCCUGAAGGACUAUUUUUGGACUCAGUCAUUGAAGUUGCCAAGAAGGAGCUGCGGUGGGAGUGUGACUAUAUAAGGGAGGCAGAGUGCACCAAGAGGUUUAAGGAGCUAGUGAAACCACACCCUGACUUUUAUGUUCCUGAAGUUAUACCUGAGUUGUCUACUCCACAGAUCAUCACAACAGAGCUGAUUGCUGGCAUACCAGUUGAUAAAUGCAUAGAAAUAGACCAAGAAUCCAGAAACUACAUAUGUGAGAAAGUGCUUGGUAUUUGCUUGAUGGAACUCUUUCAGUUUGGUUUCAUGCAGACUGAUCCAAACUGGUCCAAUUUCUUCUAUGAUGCUGAAACAGAACAAUUAGCACUUCUAGAUUUUGGAGCUUGCCGAGACUAUGAUAAAGGCUUUGUGGAUAAGUACCUUAACCUUAUCCAUGGAGCAGCAGUCAAGGAUAGAGAUAAGGUUCUGAAAUACUCCCAGGAACUUGGCUUCCUCACAGGUUAUGAAGCAAAGGUAAUGAUAGAAGCUCACAUCGAUGCUAUCAUGAUCCUGGGAGAAGCAUUCCAAGAAGACAAGCCUUUUAACUUUGGGGACCAGAACACCACAUACAGAAUCCAGCAUUUGGUUCCUGUCAUGAUCUCUCACAGGAUGUGUGCACCUCCAGAGGAAAUCUACUCCCUGCAUCGGAAAAUGUCUGGAGUAUUUCUCUUGUGUGCCAAAUUGAAGGGUGUUGUCAAUUGCUACAGUCUUUUCCAAGAUAUAUUAGUUAACUACAAGUUUGGUGGUACCUGGGAAGAUUUCCAUGCUGGCAAACUAUAAUGAUUAUGGGUAUUUUAUCUUGGUAUUAUAGAUUAUCACAUCCUGUCAUGGGAAAAAUAUAAAGGAAGAGGUUUUACUCCUCUUACUGCUCAUCUUAGUCAGCUGUCAUGAAGUGGAGAGAAUAUGACAGGAGGAUUCCCCUAACUCAGAUGGUGUACAAUUAGGUCAUCCUUAUACCUCAGAAGAUAAGGUACCCUAUCUUUCUUAAGAGGAUUUCAGUCUAGUAUAUAUAUUUGUAUAUAAUGUGUGUGUGUGUGUGUGUGGGUAGAUAGAUAUAGAGGAAUGACUGUGUUUGUCCAAUAUCUUUGCAGCAGUCAUUGAGACAGUGACAAAUAUUUCCAAUUGGUUGGCCAAGUUGCUUGCAUAGCUUUCACUUGCUAGUGGAAAGGAAACUGAAAUCAACAUUUGUCUGCAAAGUAAAUGAAUGAAAAUAGUACAUGCAUUACUCUUUCCUUGAACACUUACAUCAAUGGCAAAUAAUCAGUCAUAGCUUUAUCAUUGAAAUUUCAUGCACUUGCAAUGGCAACUUUGCAGUAUAGAUGCCACUUUGUAUGUCAAUCCAUCCCUCAGUCUAUCUCUAGAAGUCUAAUGUGAAAUUCCCUCCAGACUCUAGGAGUGUAGAGGCUAUUGUCUGUAUCUUUUAAAUAUUCUCUCUCUCUCUCUCUCUCUCUCUCUCUCUCUCUCUCUCUCUCUCUCUCUCUCUCUCUCUCUCUCUCUCUCUCUCUCUCUCUCUCACACAUGAAGCUCUUUUCAUAUGUAUAUCUAUAAGAAAAGUCCCUAUCCAUACUUUUCAGUGUACACAAGCCUUUGGUUCUUGCAGCUCUUGUGAUGUACCUUUAUCUCUUGUCUGUUAAUCUGAAAGUAUUGCCUAUCUCAUUACUUUGUUUCUGUCUGUCACAAAACCACAAAUUUAUACCUAGCUCAUCUUCCCCUUAUAAGUUGCAGCAUUGUAUAUAGUGGUUUGGUCAUAACUUGUGUAAUAAUUAGUUUAGUAUUUAAGAGAAAUCUCAUAUAAGGCAUACAGCAUCAGAGUGAUGAUUAAGCUAUUUACAAGUUUUAUUUUUUUAAGUGGCACAACUUUAGAUCAUACUCUAUAAUAUAGCAAUACUGAAGGUGCAGCAGCUUCCUAUAUUUUUUAAAAAUUCUAAAGUAUGGAUUUGUAUUUCAUUUUGGUAUUUCUGAUGAAGCUGUCUCAGAGAAUUACAAGUGCAAUAUGCCAUAUUUAAAGCUUAGCCAGUAUGUGCUAAACAGCUAUAUGUUUACAACACAGGUUCUGCCAUGUUGAUGAAGCUAUAGCCAUGUUCAUGCUAUAGCUUUAUCAACAUUCAUUAUAUGCCUUCUAUAACAAGCAGUUGUGAAAAUUAAUUGUUCAAGAUCAACAGAAAAUACGUAAGAAAUUUUGCAUUGUAAAAGUAGAAUGUAGCUAGAAAGAAAAGAUGAUGAUGUACCAUUAGAUAAAUUUAUGUGAGCUUAAUUACUCAGGACUUUCUCUUGAUUUGGUUAGUGCUAUAAUGCCAAACACUUUGUGUGAUAGUUAUAUUUGUAAUAAUGACAUUGUUAGUUAUAUGCCAGAACAGUAUCUCAUAGUUCUGUUACUAUGUGUUGUUUUUUAUGUCUAUAGCUUUUCAUACACCUGGCCUUCUCCUAAGCAAGUAAGGCAUUAUAUAACAAAAAAGUAGAAUGCUUGGACACUGAAAAUGAGCUGCAUACAUUAAAUGAAAACUUUACAAAGAUAAAUUUUUACACUUUAUUACUGUGGAAAUUUUUAAAAUUUAUAUGGUUUGUUUCUUUCUUUACA